CAGAGAUCCUGGUGUCGGAGCGAUCCUUCUAUCGAUACCUAUAUUGACUGACUUGCAGACACCGUUCCUUGCUUCCCCAUUCCGGGGAUCGACAAACUGAUAUACACGCCGUUCUAUUCACUUAAAAGAAGGCAAGAUUGACAUCUUGUCAAGCGCAACAUGCCUGGAGAAUCCAUGGAUCGGAGUCGCUUUCUGAAGGAGUACGUUCUAGACGUUAAGACGGAAUUUACAAUCGAUGGCAAUAGUGCAAAUUGGGUCCCUACCACCCACGUUCGAGCUCAGAAAUGGGGAGAAGAAAUCAGUGUGAUAGAUUUGAAGGACGAAGCACCGAAGGGACGAUUCCGGCACCGCAGUGCGACGAUGGCUCUCGGCCCGGACAACAAGUUCCUGAUCAUUGCUAGAACGCGAUCAUCCGAGUUCACAGGUACGAGACCAAGGAGCAGGUCGCUGAGCUCGUCGGCCACAGUGGUAGUAAUGUGGGCAAGCUUAUAUUCGCCCCUGUCCCAGAGAUAGGAGCAUAUGCACUGCUGUCUCAAGGCGGCGACGAGGAGAACUCCAAAGCGAGAGACUCAAUCAUCAUGUGGCAUCUCCACUCGGACGGGAAGCAAAUCGGAAGAAAGAUGCCCAUGGCCGUCGAAGGUCUAGCAGACAAGUCUAUCGAAGCGAUCGCAAACGACCUCGCGAACCACCACGGACUCGACAUUGAUGCCAUCAAUCGGAUAAG